ACCGAGAAGAGAAAACCAAAAAAUCGCCUCCUCCUUCGACAAAUCCAAAGAAGAAAGACGGAGCCUCUCACCCCUAGGGAAAAGAAAAAAAAAAAAAAGAGAAGCCAAACUCCAAGGGUUUUCUCGAUUUGAGGAAAUGGUUGAAGAGGUAACAGCGGUGAUGAUGCGAAGGCUGACUAAGAUACCACCAGUAAAUAAUAAGGAGGGUCCUUUUGGCGGCACCCGUUUCACGUGCAAGAGGCUAUGUGCCACGGGCCGUCUCAUUUUGCCCAGCGAUAGUGCUUCUUUAGCAAAGUUCACAAAUAGAGCUUCUCUGGCGAAGUUCAGAAGUAAAGUCUCUCUGGUGAAGUUUGGGAACAGAGUGUCUCCAACCAAGUUCAGAGAUAGAGUUUUUCCAGCGAAGUUUGAAGUUUGAAAUUAGAGCUUCCCCAACAAAGACCGAAAAUAGAAUGUCCCCAACCAAGCUAGAAAGAGUGGAGUGAUGAUGGUGCUCCCAAGAUAAUAAGCAUGAUUACACAACUAUCAAAAACAAUGAAAAUGAAAUGUACAUUACUGUAGGAGCAACAAGGAUAGAAAAUACGUAAGGAUUAAAAAUUACAACUUGAGAAGCACAUUUUUGGAUAGUAUAACACAAUAGUAAAGACAAUGAAUGUGCUCUUUAUUAUCCUUGACAAAUACUUCUACUCUAUAAUAAGCAACCUUCAUGUUGUAGAUAAAAGGCACAAUGGUCUCCUUCAAGCUUUAACAAGAAAAAAGGAAUAAACUUGAAAAUAGUGAUGGGAGAAGGAAAGAUGACCGUUAUGGGGGCUUGUGAAUGGAGGGUUUGAUCUCAUUUUUUAUGCUAACUCUUUAGCUUGAUCAUCUAAUGCACAAGAAAAUAAUCCAGAAAAAUGAAUCUACAAUAUGUUGUUUCCCAGCCAUGAUGUUUUGUCUCCUAGCUAUGAUGUUCUGCAAGUCUGGAAAAUAUUAUGUAGUGCUGGAAAUGCAGAAAAUGUAGUAAAAAUGGUGAUUUCUGGGUAUUUUGGUGUAUAAAAUGAGAGGUUGAAGAUGAAGAAGUUUUCAAAGGGAAAAUAGAAGUUUGGUAUGUGA